GAGGUCCCACAUUUCCCGCCCUUGUUAAUUCAUGAUUGUUUUUCUCCUCCUCUCCUUAGGGUUUCAAGCGCCACCAUCAUCACCGUAGCACACUCUGAUGGAUGCCCUAAUUCCAGAUGUUUCCCGGCUGCUCAACGACACCUUGAGCACCGAGAAGGCCGUCCUCACCUCUACUACUGAUGCUCUGGACCAGCUCUCGGCCCUUCCCCACUUUUCCCUCUCCCUCCUCGCUGUCGCCACAGGCGGUGAAAGCCAAGGGCUAAAAUUAGCAGCGGCUGCUUAUCUGAAAAAUUUCAUCCGGCGUUCCACUGAUGCUAAACUGUCGUUUUUUGAAAUCCACACGUUUAGGAACCAGCUAGCUCAAGCUACGCUUCGAGCAGAACCUGCAGUUUUGAAAGUUCUUGUUGACGCACUUCGUUGGAUUGUCCUAAAGGACUUUGUGAAGGACUACUCUUGGCCUGAACUUGUGCCCAAUCUAAGAACAGCAAUACAAAGUAGCAAUCUCAUAAUCCAAGGCAUGACUUCUGAGUGGAGUACUGUCAAUGCAUUGACAGUGCUCCAAACAAUUCUUAGACAAUUUCAGUAUUUUCUUAAUCCAAAAGUUCAAAAUGAACCAGUACCUGUGCAGUUGGAGAUAAUAGCAAAGGACAUUCUUGUACCUUUGCAAGCAACAUUUCACGGUUUUGUUGACAAGGUAUUAUCAUCUCAAAAUUCAUGCCAUGAUCAACUUCGGAAAGAGUUAGAACAAAGCAUUCUUAUUAUAUGCAAGUGUCUGUACUUUAGUAUGAGGUCAUACAUGCCAUCUGAACUGGGUCCUAUUUUGCCUUCUUUCUGUCUUGACUUAUUCCGGAUACUGGACAUGUUGAGUUUAGAUAGUGCUUCUGAAGAUGGAUCUUUACUAUUGCUUAAGAUUGCAAAGAGGAGUUUGAUAUUUUUUUCUGGGUUAGUGACCCGCCAUCGGAAACAUGUUGACAGGUUGAUACCUAGUAUAGUGGACAGUUCAUUCAAAGUAGCUAAGCAGAGUGCUUAUGUAAGUAACUUUGGUUACUUAUCGGAGCGGAUUAUCUCCUUGGCAUUUGAUGUCAUUUCACAUGUAUUAGAAACAGGCCCGGGAUGGAGAUUUGUUUCACCCCAUUUUUCUUCACUUCUUGAUAGUGCAGUGUUUCCAGCGUUAGCUUUGAACCAGAAGGAUAUCGUGGAGUGGGAAGAGGAUACUGAAGAGUAUAUAAGGAAGAAUCUCCCAUCUGACAUUGAUGAAAUUUCAGGAUGGUCUGAAGAUCUAUUUACUGCUAGGAAAAGUGCCAUUAAUUUGCUUGGUACCAUUGCAAUGUCAAAGGGUCCACAUUUAGUCGCUUCCAAUUCUAAACGUAAGAAAGGGGAUAAGAGCAAAGGAAAGCAACAAGAAUCUUCUACCGGGGAGCUCCUAGUUAUUCCAUUCUUAUCCAAGUUCCCCAUGCCUUGUCAUGAAGAUAAGGCUUCAUCAAAGAUAGUACAGAAUUACUAUGGUGUUUUGAUGGCAUAUGGAGGCCUUCAAGCUUUCUUGAAGGAGAGAAAUUCUGAAUAUACAUCUUCAUUAGUUCGAAACCGUGUUCUUCCAUUGUAUUCAUCAUGCCCUUUUGUUCCAUACUUGGUUGCCACAGCAAACUGGCUACUUGGGCAGUUAUCUCCCUGCCUUCCUGAGGCUAUGAGUUCAGAUGUCUAUGAUUCGUUGAUUAAAGCUUUAACUUUCCCAGAGAUAAAUUGUAUCAAUUGCUAUCCUGUUCGUGCUUCUGCAGCUAGGGCCAUCGUAGUUCUUCUUGAAAAUGAAUAUGUACCACCUGACUGGCUGUCUUUCCUGCAAGUCGUGGUCAAUAGGAUCACUAAUGGAGAUGAAAAUGAAUUAUCCUUUCUAUUUCAUCUUCUAGGCUCUGCAGUUGAGGCUGGGCUAAGUGUAAUUUCACAUCAGGUACCUAUGCUCCUCUCAAGCGUUGUUGGUGCAAUUGCUAAACACUUUCCUUCAAUUCCAGAUCCUUGGCCACAGGUAGUUGAGAGGGGUUUUGCUGCAUUAUCUGCCAUAAUAAAAAGCUGGGAGGCUUUGUUGGUCGAUCAAGAUCCAGAGCACAAUGAUGCAGAAUGGCAGUCAGACCAGGCUUCAAUUGCAAAGUCAUUUUCGAGUUUGUUGCAACAGGCUUGGCAAAUGCCUAUGGAGUCAAAUGUAACAACAGAAGAAAGUACAUCACUUCCUCCUUCCUGCUUGGAUGACAUCUCGACGUUGCUAGGAUUGAUCUUGAAUUCUGCUAUUAACGAGAAUGAAAUUGAAGAAUUGAAAGUUCCCGAGUUGUUAGCUGUCUGGGCUGAGCUAAUAGCAGAUUGGCAUGCUUGGGAAGAAACAGAGGACAUUGCAGUAUUUGACUGCAUUCACAAAAUUGUCAAUCUACAUAAUAGAUGUGACUCUACAAACUUCUUCACAAGAAGGAUAGCAUCUCGUCUUUCUCCAGGUCUGGAGCAUUCUAUUAUUGCGGACAUCUCUUCUUUUAUUGCCAAGGGCCUUAUGGCAUACCCAUCUGCUACUCGGAGGGCUGCUUCAUGUGUACAUGCAAUACUAAAUACCUCUCAGUUCUCACUUCAAAUUGAAGAUGUCAAGCAGUCAAUUACAACUUCAUUCACACAGGCAGCAUUUUCUCAUUACAAGGAUUUGCAGAACAAGCCCACUGCCCUUUGGAAGCCCUUGCUUCUGGUUAUUGCAUCAUGCUAUAUUAGAUAUCCUGAAAUUGUUGAGCGGGUCUUAGAGAAAGAUGAAGUCAAUGAUUUUAUAAUUUUUGCCCAUGGAUUGGCACAGAUCUCAUCUAACACUUUUAAAUCUGGUCUGUCAUCAGUAUCUGAGAUAAAGUUAGCUGUGAUUUCACUGGGAAAGUUAGUUGUGCAGUUUUUAGCUUUCCCAUCAGAGCAUAACAAUCACAUUUUGCCAGAAUGCUUUGCCUCCUUGAUGGAGGCAUAUAUACAUCUGAAAGAAGUUGAAGAGGCAGAAGCUCAAGAGAGUGAUAGUGAAGACAUAGAUGUUGAAUCUGAAGAAGAGACCAGUUAUGAUGAGGAUUCAGAGGAUGAUGGUGAUCUAGAAGAGACUCAUGAAGAGUUUCUGGAGAGAUAUGCAAAAGCAGCUGAUGAACUUAGUGAGGUGGCUGAAGGAGAUAUGGAAGAUGGAGUUCAAGAUCUUGAACUGGGUUUCCUUGAGAAAAUUGAUCUACGUGAAGAGAUUCUUUUGCUCUUAAGGAGACAUCAUCAAGUUCUAUUGAAAUCGCAAGCAGUAUCACCCAACCUUGUCCAGCAGAUCAUGAAUUUAUUUCCUGAAUGCACUUCUCUUCAAGUACAUUGAGAUGAUCGAGCACAUUUGGACACGUUGACAUUGUAAAAAUCAUGCUGUCUCUUCAUAGAUAUUCUUUGGAUUGUCUUUUGGGUUUCUACUCAUUUGUCAGUCUGUUGUAAUGUCUAUAUAUUAAGCGCUGUUGGUUGUAUUUGUUUUCUUUUAUUUAUGCAUUUUGGCAUAUUUUGUUGUAUGUUAGAUUAGAUCUGAAACGAAAGUCUUUUUUGUCA